UAUACAAAAACCCUAGCCGCCCCUAAUUCCCCUAUUCUCUCAGCACAGACCCUCACUCUCAAAUGGAAAUACACACACAGAAUGCAGACAGAUUCGCCCACCUUCCUCUCACACGCUCUUUCUCUUCUCACUUCUCUCUGAUUUCAUCGACACAUACAUUCAAAACAAGGACGAGAGAUGAAAAACGGAUUUGAAAACUAAAAAGGCACUCUGAGAUCUGAAACAAGAGGCUCUCUGUUAAUUUCUGGUUUUAAGGAGAAUUCAGAUUCGAAUCGUUGUUCGAUUCCGCUGAUUUUUGCUGUUUCUGGAAUUGCUGAGCUCCAUUCGAGUUUGCUUCUGCCUUAUUUGGUUUAUUCUAGCUUUUUCUUUGUUUGACCAGAGGAAAUUUCGGCAAUAUUCAACAUUAUCAAACAUAAUGGGGAUGGUAUUGCCAGCUGAGCAGGCAGGCUAUGCUGAGAUGGAGAAUGUUGAGAUUACGGAUACAGAGUUGUUCUAUCAUGUUAGAGGUGCCCUUAAAUCUGCUCUCCAGGGUGAUCCGGACAAAUAUAACCAGCUUGUUGGGGUUAUGCACUGUAAGGAACGCCUUGUACCCGAGGAGGUUGCCCUACUGGUGACAUGUUUAAAAGCUUUGUCAGGAUCAGUUUCUUGUCUAGACAUUGUUCAUCAUCAAAGUCUUCUUUCAUCUAUUUUAGGAAUGAGCAUGUGGAGCUAUGGGACUGAUGUAAUGGAUGCUUUGAUGGAAUUACUUAUAUCCUUGGCUACAUCCGGUGGGCAGUAUGUCGAUUUGUGCUUGGAAAUGCUUGUGAACAAUUUUGUGCCGCCUCCUUCAUUCAUAUCAUUGUUGAAUCAGCCACGUGGCAUUCUACGAAAGGGCCAAGUCAUUGAUCGUAUCCAUUCAACUUUAAUAGCCAUUGCAGAGUUAGUUCCUCUCACCCCCUUGAGACUUGAGAAGAUAGUAAAGGAGAAGAUGCAGAAGAUGCCAAUCAAUUACACAAAGGAACCAUUCAUCAUGGCAUAUGUGGAGAACAUGUUAAAACUGGAGGGUGGAGCAAUUGGUGGUCUUGUUGGGAGAACUAUGCUUGUGGCAAUUAUGGAUUGGCUGAUAGAUUUGGAUGUAGACAUUGCAUGGGAUGAAAUCUUAAAUGAGGAUUUCACCAAAUGCAUCUUCGAUAUGGAGCUGGAAGAUCUGGAUGGUCCAGUAGAUGAUGGUCAGCAAGAUGUUGACCAGCUCCGAAUUUCUUGGAUGGAACGGCUUGGAAAUGCCAGUGCUCAAAAAUUGGAUAGCUUGAUGGUGCUUACCUUUGAACACCUUAACUUUUGCAAAGAGAGUGGACGCCUGAGUCAGGUUUUUGAGACUCUUCUCCAGUCUUUUCAGCAUACUGUUUUGACGGCAUACAAGUCUAAAUUUGCCCAGUUUGUGAUGUUUUAUGCCUGUACCCUGGAUCCUGAAAACUGCGGCAGGAGAUUUGCUGAUACACUAUUUGAUAUAUUUAAGAGCAGUAUCUAUCCACAAUGGAGAAUGAGUGCGGUUGCCUAUCUUGCUAGUUAUUUGGCUCGUGCAAAGUUUUUGUCUAUCUCAUCUGUUGCUGAAUAUGUAGAAAGUUUGGUUGAAUGGUGUUCCACUUAUUGCUCCAACCAGAGUGGUGGCAUCAAUCCAAAAGCUCACAAGGAAUUCUAUGCUGGGUGCCAGGCCAUGAUGUACAUACUUUGUUUUCGCAUGAGAUCAAUGCUUGCUAUUCCUCGUAUCAGGUCACGGCUCUCAAAGCACAUAGAGGAUAUCCUGAGGCAUCCAUUGAGGCCGUUAAUGGUAUGCUUGCCAUCAGUGGUGAAAGAAUUUCUUCGGUUGGCAAAAGUAACUAAUCUUGAUGUGCCUGAUAACUUUGUAUCAAGUGGUCUGCUCGAGUCCGAUCUUUCAAUCUCUUUUGGUGGUAGAGAGAGGCUUGACACAUUUUUCCCAUUUGAUCCUUGUCUGCUAUUGAGAUCUGACAGAUUCAUCCGGCCAAAUUUUGUGUACUGGUCAAUGGUUCGGAGCUCAUAUGACAACGAUGAGGAUGAUGAUGAGGGUACUAGUGAUGAAGACGAUAUUGAAAUCUGUACUGCAGGGAAGGGGAUGAAUAUAGCUGGAGUCGCCCGAAGUUAUGAUCAGGAUCUCGAUGAAUUUGAUAAUGAAAUGAGCAAAAUGUCCAUAACACCUAAAGUUGCUCAAUGGUUUGGAGGUGAAUUACGACCUGACAUGCAGAUGCCUUCAAGAAUCAGACCAUGUCCGGAGUCCUUGUAGAGAUUAAUCUGCCUGUUUGAUUGUCAUGAAAGAGGAAAUGCUUGCCCUUGCAUGACAAGAGUCGGACCAUGCCAUUAAGAGUUGGAAAUGCUUGUCCUCGACCGUGGUUGGUAUUUUGUUGGACUCGGGAUUUGUCAGGCCUCCACUCCUGCCUGCUUCACAUUCCAUGAAAUGUUAAGAGGUCAGUUUUUUGUAUUUAUAGCAAAAGCUAUUUGUAAUAUGUCAAUAUGUAGCAAUAGUUGUUCCGAUUAUCAGAACUAAUGGUGAAAAUAGAUAAAAUUCUCUUGUAUUUUCUUGUGGGUGUUAAUACAUUACGCCCAAUAUAAAGAGUGUCUAUAUUUGGAAAUGUAAUGCUCCAGACGAAGAGUGCAAAACAACUAUAUUUUCUCUAA